AUGACGGGACAAUCCGCAGACUUUGACCCGCAGACAGUGGAAGGAGCAGCUCAGAGCAACAUCGGCGAGAGCCGUGUGGCUGAGGCCGUACGAGAAGCCCCACUGCUUUCUGGAGUCAGUGCAGAUGCUGCCGUGAAGGACUUGCGGACGCUUUCCCUUCGCGGUGUCCAGGCCGCUGUGGAGAUGCUCCUGUGCCUUGUUCGGGUGGUGAACACCAGUUGCAAGACUACGCUUGCGAAGGUCGUGGAGUGGGUGUGCCGGGUAGGCCUCCUUCCUUCGAGGCUGCACGACAGACCAGAGCAGCAGACGCAACACGGGACAGGUUGGGUAGGUUGUGCGCCGCGCAAUUUCUCCGACCUUGUGCUGCUUUCCCUGGCUAGUUGGCUGACUGGUUUCAUCUGCGGGGCUUUGGUUGUCAUCUUCUGCACUAGCAGGGUUGCCCGGAGCAUUCUGUGGAAUUGCCUCGGCGUCAUCGCGCACGAGCUCCGAGACUUGGUUGCUCAGAUCACUGAACUGGUGGGGCAGCUGAACAUCACCGUGAACGUUGCUGUCAAUCGAACCACCUUAUCCUUCAACCUCGUGCCCAGCCGCCCAGCCUCGUCAACAACCAGGAUCGUGCGUCGAGUGCUCUCCUUCGGCAACCAGCCCUUCCUGGGCGGCGAGUGGUCCACCUGGUGCCAAUGGCAGACCGCCUGCGAUCCACCAGGAUACACCAAGCUCUACUUCGUCUACAAGGACAAGGCCUCUCACGCAUUCAUUGUCAAGGCCGUGGACUCCGGUUUUGUGGCUUGUCUGCCCAUUGCCGCGUUGAGCGACGAGGAUCUGGCGGAAGCUCUGGAGGAGCAGUUCAGCGGAGUCUUCGGGCCAUGGACAAAAGUAGCUUUGCGAGCCGUCACUGCCAGCGGAAAGGAACUGGCGUCCAAGAGCUGGCCGUGCUUGCUGGUGGACCUCAAUGCUUCAGGCAUAGACAUGUUCAGCGCAGCUCUGCCCGACGUUGGAGAAGUCACUUCUUUCGGCACUCACAGACUACAAUCUUCAUGGGUUCUGGGCUCUGCUGCCGUAACCGCUUUGGAAACCUUUCUGAACGGAGAAGAGCUUUCAGUGGAGGCCGUCGAGCGCUUGGAAGGGUACUACACGGCUGCUUCGGAGGCCGAACUGGACGCUGUGCCUUUGACAUCAGCGCCUUCCAUGGAUGGAGGUAUCUUGCAGCAGCUUCUGGCCCAAGGCCAGCAACAAGCUCAGCUCUUGAGCGGCAUUCAGUCCCGGCUGAACUCCCUCGACGAGCUCGAGGCACGGCUGUCUCUUUUGGAAGGUCCUCCUGCGGGGGCCGGUGUGGGCUUGCUAUCUGGUGGAACAGAGGGCGAGAAACAGCCCACAUGGGCCCCGCAGCUCUUCAACGAGGGGGUCAAGGCGCGGCUGGACCAAGAACAGCUAAAGCAGCUGCUGGCGCUGGCGGGGCGGGGCCCCAAGAACCUUCAAGAUCUGCCAGGACCAUCAAGAGCUCCCCCCCGCUUGCUGCAGGCCACUCCGAAGAUUUCUCCUCAACCGAAGCUCUCGUUCGCCGUCCCUACCUUCGACAUUGGGUCCGAGGACGCCGAGGAGGAGAAAGACGACGUGGGCGCAGGGGCGGAAGGUUCCGACACUCAGAUCCUGAGCAAGCUUUUGGUCCAGCAGACCAAGAUCCUGUCCCAACUCACUGCCUCCGCCACGAAGUCUUCGGAUCCUCUUCACCUUCUAGGCGGGAGCGGCGGAGGCGGAGACGACGAGACGAAGGUGGCCGGGGUGCGGGGUAUGGCUGCAAGGCAGCUAUUGAAGGAGCAGUUCCAGAAGCACCCGGAGCGGGUGUACCAGAAAGUCAGGGAGCGCCUGGCUCAGGCUCGCCGCAAAGCAUCGCCAGUCGACUUGGAGGCCCGAGACAUGUUUCUGCACUUCCAGGAGACGGUCCCCUUGGGCAACUACAAGACCUUGACCUACCUGGCCUUUCUCCUCUGCGACGCUUGGGAGGCGAUCGAGCAAAACCGAUCGGCCGAUGUGUGCGCUCUCAUCUCUCUGGGACUCAUCUUCUGCGAGCAGGUGGCGAACGAGCAAGGACACACUCGACUGGCAUGGCUCCUAACUUGCCGCGAAGACCCGCCGUUCUCGAUAGUAGAACAGAGGAAGGCUCCCCGAGCAGAGGUGCCUCACGGCAUGCUGUCAGAUCCGAGAUGGGUGGCUACGCAGUUGGGGUACCUGAAGGACGUCGACCUGAUCCAGGACAGGACCGCCAAGGCGCACCAGCCGAAGAACCCGAACCACGCCAGCAACCAGGACGAGCCUCCAGGCGGCAAGGGCAAGCGCAGCGGCAGGGGAAGCAAGGAGAACGCCUGGACGACACCCUCGCUGCUUCGACUUUGUGUGUGCACCUGGUCAAGUUUUUGGCGGGAGCUCGUACCCGGCUCACCGAAUUCAUUCGUGAAGCAUGUGCUCUACCUCCUUUGGGCUCUGCCUCGCAUGGCCCUUCCGAACUAUGGCCUUGCAAUCUUCCGCCUCUUCAGCCUUCUCCCGACAGACGGCUGGUUGGCAGGCGCAAGGCGCGGUGGCAUCUUCGAAACCUUUGCAGGCUGUGGACCCGCCACUUGGUUGCAGCGGGAAACUGGCUGGCUCUGGGACGAACAGAGAUGCAUCCUGCAGCCUUGCCGCCCCUCAGUGCGGUGCAAACUGCAAUGCUUGCUCGCCUUGAGAGGCAGGUCAUGGUUUGGCUCCGCCUGGGCACAGGCCCCAGACGCGGACUUGAAGGUGCAGUCCAGAAGUUUGGCAGCAUGGAAGAACAGUUACAGUGAGGUGAACAGCAUUGCUUCGUUCAAUCCAGAAAGGCAAGCAGGGAUCGGGUAUGGCCCGCUUCAAUCUGGAAAAUCCUCCUCUACCAGCAGCCUGCGCAUCAAGCCUGACAGAUUGGUUUUCGAGGUGGCCCCCCAGUUUGAUGCUUCUCGGUUCCUAGUUGACCCUCUCCUUAAGAGUGGCUUCGCAGACCCAAGAGCCUUCCUGAAGCCCGAAACCUGCUGGCCAAAAACGAAGCUAGCCCGAGUGCAAGCCGACCGUGAUGAUCAGCUGGCCCUUUACAAAAAGUGGGACCUAGUGGACUCUUUGUAUCUGCUCCCAGCCUCGCAGUCUGAACAUAGAUAUCGUUGCGGUUUGUUUGCUGUGUACAAGGAUGACAGGGUUGACCGCCAGAUAUUGAAUCCUAUUUCCGAGAAUUCUAGGAGCUUUUCGGUGUCUGACGCUACGCUGUCGCUUGCGCACUCCAGUUUGCUAUGCCAGAUGUUUCUUCCUGAGACAGAGAACCUGGUGAUGGGAUCAGAUGACCUUAAGGAUUUUUAUCACAACUUCAUUGUCAGCGAUGCCCACGCAGCCCGGAACCACAUUCACGGAGUCUUCCCAGGCCCUGGGUACGAGCUGCUAUGUAUCGAUGACCAUGCAUAUCUUCUGCGAGUACCUCGUAAAGCUGUUUCCAAAGAGCCUCCUCCCUCCCGAGCCGAUCAGAAGAUCUUUGCACGGGCUGGAAAGCAGUAUGCGUCGGUGAACCUCAGAACAUCACCAAAGAAGGCCGUUCGUAACGCUUAUAAAGCUACCAUCCUGGGGGGCGAGAUAGACGGGAUCCGGGGUGAUAUUUGUGCACCAAGAUUGAAGACUGUUGCAUUAUGUGCUUUGACUUUGGAGCUGGUGCUGCUGGGGUUCACGACCACCGAGCUUCUGCAGAGCAUCAUAGGAUCAUGGAUUUUUGUCGUCAUGUUUCGCCGGCCAACCAUGUGUCUCAUGAGUCAGGUUUUCCAUGACAUUGCGCAACAUGCCCGCGGUGAGAUUUUCGCCCUUUCUCAUGAUGCAAAGCAGGAGCUGAUGCUACUUAUCCUUUUUGCACCUUGCAUGACGACGGAUCUGAGGGCGAAGAGCAAGGUGCAGCCUUUCGGUUUUGACCCAGACGAGCCCAUCACUCGGGGCGGCACAUUGCUCGCCAUGAGGGCAGCCUUGAUUAUGCAUCUGUGCGCUGCCUAUGGCCUAAUUUCCACCAGCGAAACUCCGCUGGGGUCUGUCAUGUAUCGACUUGACUGCUUCCAAAGACUUCGGUUGAGAGGUUUUGUUGAUGUGAAAUUUUGUUAUUGCACGUACGGCACCCCCUACAAGCAACCAUCACACUGGCUUUGCAAUCGUUCCGAAGUUUCUGAGAUGUGCGGCGGCUGUGAUUGUGGCGCUCAAGCAGGGCAUCUGCGGAUUGAAAGGACUUUCACCCAUGAGAGUGUCAAAGAGUUCUGUGUGAAGCAGUCUGCAAAAUGUCAGGCAUAUGUCCCAUCCCAGCGCUCAGACACCUUUGCCGACUACUUGUGGAUUGCAGAUUUGAGCCUGACGCUUCAAUGGAAAGUUCUCUUGCAAUAUCGUUUCAAGCGUGUGAACCACAUCAAUGUCAACGAGGAGCUUUCUUUCCGAAGCCUGCUCAAACACCUUGCAAAAACCGAACCGAAUUCUCGUUUUGGGGCCUUGCUGGAUAGUCGAGUCACUAUCGGUUGCAACUCGAAGGGCAGGUCAAGCAGUCAGAAGCUUAACUUCUAUUUGUCAACAGUUCUGCCACAUAUUCUGGGUGCAGGGCUUUAUCCGAGUCUUUUCCAUGUCGGCACCGAUGAUAAUGUGGCUGACGAUCCCUCGCGCUUGAAACAGCUCAGGGAGCGCUUGGAAGUUCAGCCCUUUUGGUUAAAGCAACUGCUCAGUGGCUCAAAGCGCAUUCUCGAUUUGGUCAAGAUUACUGACGACAUCUUGGGACCAGCGGGGUUGUGGGCCCGGUUGACGGUUCUGCAGCUCUACAAGAGAGAGCAUGCCUCGGCCCGGGUUACGCUGGACUUUGAUUCCGGUUUAACCUCGGUUGUGAAGAACAGACGAGCUGGUCUGUUUGACUCUUUUCAGCAAUGGAGCGAGGACCAGUUCCAGUGCACUUUUUCUCAGCUCGCAAGCUCUGGGCUGCUACUCUGCACUACGCUGAUUGCUUUCGGCAAGUAUCUUUUCUAUGAGGGUUAUCCUAAGUAUGUUUUCUCUGAAACCCUAAAUGCGGUGGUGGAUCGCUAUCGGCACUUCAAAGCAUCUUUGGCGUCGGCGUGGAAUAUCCUCUCCAGGUGGGAGGAAGAGGAGCCAACUGAGAGGUCCAUGGUGACGCCGGAGGCGAUGAUCAGAGCAGCUGUCACAGUUUCUUUGAUGUGGGGUUGGCCGCUUUUCGCUGCUACUUUACUGCUGGGUUUUCAUGGCCUCCUCAGGCCAGGUGAGUUUCUGUACUUGACCAGGGAAGAGCUGAUCCUGCCCAGGGACUUGCUCACCGCGACCCAGCUGGCAUUUGUACGCAUUACGGACGGCAAGACUCGGCGCUUUAUGCGUCGGCAACAUGCUCGCAUCUCUGAUCACAAGACGGUAAUGUUUCUGGAUGUGCUUUUCGGGCAUCUACCUCCCGGCGCUUCCCUCUUCAACUGCUCACGUGAAGUGCAUCGUACCCGUUGGAAUGCCGUCUUCUCCCACCUGCAUGUGGCCACCUCUGAAGCUGAUAAGGAUGUCACUCCGAAAACUUUGCGAGGCUCAGGAGCGACAUGGCUCUAUCAAAGAACAGAAGACGUUGAAAAGAUUCAGUGGCGUGGCCGGUGGCAACAACGCAAGACGCUUGAGCAUUACCUACAGGACGUAGCCGGGCAAUUAUUGCUCGCAAAGCUGACACAGAGUCAGCGGCUCCAGCGGCGACAGCUACGUAACAUGAUUGGAAUGGAGCUCCAGUGUUUGAAGAUGGGCCUGAGAGCCUACCUCCUGCUCCUUUCGACGUUUGUGCAGUCUGCCAAGUUCGGCGAUCAUGCAAAGCAGCUCGCCUGCGCACUCGGGAUACUUGUUAGCAGCAGAGCAAAAGUGACGAGCCAUCUUUGGCUUGCUAAAGAUUGUGAAGAAGCGAUGCCUGUUGCUUGUAGCUUUUGGGGCCCACCCAGCCCGCCCGGAAUGGAGCUCCAGUGUUUGAAGAUGGGCCUGAGAGCCUACCUCCUGCUCCUUUCGACGUUUGUGCAGUCUGCCAAGUUCGGCGAUCAUGCAAAGCAGCUCGCCUGCGCACUCGGGAUACUUGUUAGCAGCAGAGCAAAAGUGACGAGCCAUCUUUGA